AUGUCGUUCAUGAGAAACAUGGUGCGAAUAGUCGAGGUCGGCCCUCGAGACGGCCUUCAAAACAUCUCUACGCACGUGCCAACCGCCAUCAAACGCGAGCUCAUCCAGCGGCUCAUCUCUGCGAGAUUUCGGACGGUCGAAGUCACGUCCAUCGUCUCUCCAAAGGCGAUCCCGCAGCUAGCCGAUCACGAGAAAAUCCUCACCGAUCCGCUCCUGAAAAGCCAUUUCCAGAGACCUGACAUACGGCUCCCGGUGCUAGUUCCGAACAUCAAGGGGUUUAAGCGUGCACUAGAUCUCGGAGUCAAGGAAAUUGCUGUCUUUAUCAGUGCCAGUGAAGGCUUCAGCAAGGCCAACAUCAACUGCACUGUUGAGCAGGGCAUCUCCAGAGCCACCGAGCUUGCCGGUCAUUUCCACGACACGUACGGCCAAGCCUUGGCGAACGCGUGGGAGGCAUACAGGUGCGGAAUCCGGGUGUUUGACAGCAGCGUGGCCGGUUUGGGCGGCUGUCCCUUUGCCCCAGGCGCGAGGGGAAAUCUAGCAUCCGAGGACUUAGUGUAUAUGUUUGAAAAUUCCGGCGUUCCAACAGGGGUUGACCUCGACCGGCUGGCUGAUAUCGGCGAGUGGAUCAGCCAGCAACUUAAGCUACCUAACUGGAGCCGAGCAGGGGCAGCCCUACUCACAAAGAAGAGAUUUUCUUCCCAAAACCGCGCAAAGGAUCAGGGUAGUGCCAUCGGUAGCUUCCAAUGGAAAGAAGAAAGCAACACGGAGGGCCUGAUCAUCAUGCGGGACACCAUGACGGUCAAGCUUAUCCUAGACCGACCAAAGAAUGGCAACGCUCUCACGGCCUCAAUGAUUAGCCAGCUUACUCAAUUUUUCGAAAGUUGCAAGAAUGACACAUCAAUCUCUCGCAUCAUUCUUACGGCAAACGGCAAAUUCUUCUGCACUGGUAUGGAUCUGUCGAAGGAAAGCAGCCCAGUCAGCAAGGGUGGCAACGCGACGACGGACCAAUUUGCCUUGUUAACGAACCUCUUCCAAUCCAUCGACGACGCGCCGCAGGUUACAAUCGCCAGCAUCAACGGCCCCUGCUUUGGCGGUGGUGUCGGUCUAGCGCUCGCCUGCGACAUCCGCAUCGCGGCCCCCAUGCGAGCAUCACGCUGA